GCCACUAGAACGUGGGGGAGCGCGUCCUGAGACAGCCAAAGAGUGUAUUGGGAGUGCGGAGUGUGGGAAGCUCUAGCAGCUUCCCUGCUCGGGAGCAGCAGGGACAGGCGCAAACAUCCCACCCCAAACCGCUCGCCCUGCGCUGCUGGGAUUGCGCAGCCAAGAGGGCAAAGGGAGGGAGGACAGGGAGCGGAGCUUAGGACAGGGGUCUCCGGGUCCUCGGAGGCGGGAAGGAAGCAGCCCACGCCGGACAGGGCCCCCCAGGUGCUGCACCGACAGCAUGAGUUUCCUGCGAGGUUCCCACAAUCUGGUGGCCAACAACUCCAGCCAGUGGUGGUCUCUGAGCGCCGAGGAUGCCAACAGCAGCCGGGAGGCAACGGGGCUGCUCCAGGAAGGUAACGACCCUCCCGGGGAUGUGCGCAACGAGGAGCUGGCCAAGCUGGAGAUCGCCGUACUGGCGGUGAUUUUCGUGGUGGCCGUGCUGGGCAAUAGCAGUGUGCUGCUGGCGUUGCAUCGCACGCCCCGCAAGACAUCCCGCAUGCACCUCUUCAUCCGACACCUCAGCCUGGCAGACUUGGCGGUCGCCUUCUUCCAAGUGUUGCCACAGCUGUGCUGGGACAUCACCUACCGCUUCCGCGGGCCGGAUUGGCUGUGCCGCGUGGUGAAGCACCUGCAGGUGUUUGCCAUGUUCGCGUCCGCCUACAUGCUGGUGGUCAUGACCGCCGACCGCUACAUCGCGGUGUGCCACCCGCUCAAGACCCUGCAGCAGCCCGCGCGCCGCUCGCGCCUCAUGAUCGCCGCCUCUUGGGUGCUGAGUUUCCUACUGAGCACACCGCAGUACUUCAUCUUCUCUAUGAUCGAAAUCGAGGUGAACAAUGGUACCAAAACCCAAGACUGCUGGGCUACCUUUAUCCAGCCCUGGGGUACCCGUGCCUACGUGACCUGGAUGACCAGUGGUGUCUUCGUGGUACCUGUGGUCAUCUUGGGUACCUGCUACGGCUUCAUCUGCUACCACAUCUGGCGCAACGUCCGUGGGAAGACGGCGUCGAGGCAGAGCAAGGGCAGCAAGGACUCUGGGGACACCCCAGGUCCCUUCCACAAGGGGCUUCUGGUCACGCCUUGUGUCAGCAGUGUGAAGACCAUUUCCCGUGCCAAAAUCCGCACAGUGAAGAUGACCUUUGUGAUCGUGACUGCCUACAUCCUCUGCUGGGCGCCUUUCUUCAUCGUCCAGAUGUGGUCUGUCUGGGAUGACAAUUUCAUCUGGACCGAUUCAGAAAACCCCUCCAUCACCAUCACGGCGUUACUAGCCUCCUUGAACAGCUGCUGCAACCCCUGGAUAUACAUGUUUUUUAGCGGCCAUCUCCUGCAAGACUGUGUCCAAAGCUUUCCAUGCUGCCAAAGCGUGGUGCAGAAAUUCACCAAGGACGACUCGGACAGCACGAGCAGAAGGCAGACUUCCUACUCGAACAACCGAAGCCCCACGAACAGCACAGGGAUGUGGAAGGACUCGCCUAAAUCGUCCAAGUCCAUCAAAUUCAUCCCUGUUUCCACCUGAGCCGCACAGCCUUGCAGCCCGACUCUUGGGGCAGAGGGUGGGGGGAGGGGGCUUUUUGGUCCAUUAUCUAACUCCGGCUAGAGAUCAUAAGAGCAGAUGGCUUUAUGUGAGGUAGCCACAAAUCAGCUCAACACAUCCAUUGUUUCUACCUGUGUUUUCCUCACUGCUGUGACCAAAGGGGGAAUUAUUUUUGCAUAGACUAUUACUGAAAAUGUGCGACACUGAAAUGUGUAGGCCUGGCUCAUAACCAUACUGACUUUAUAUUUUGUGGUUGAUGUUUUUUUUUUUAAAUUGUAUUUUUAUUUCUGACCUAAGUGAGGCUUGACUGGUUUAAGUCACGUGAUGUGUACUGUUUCUCAACAAAGUGAACUCGUGAUUUAAAAAGACCUGGUGUCGCUGUCAAUUUGUACAACAUAAAAUGUAGCAAGAGGUAGAGGAGGUUUGGGCUGAGAAUGAAAAGGAGGUAACUUGGUACCUGGCAGUCCUUCCUUCGCCAUCCUGGUAUUCUAUCGGCUCUGAAAAACAUGCUACUAAGAGGCUAAAGGAUUGGCAAUGUCAUGGACAGGCCAGUAAUUUGUAUAUAAGGGAUGCCACACUUUAUGGAGGCACAGAAGAGAAGGUGUCUACAGACAUUCUCCUGGAUGUUUUAAACGUACAUCGACCAGCAUCAAAAGGUACCCUGCGCUAUGCCAGAUGUUACCAUUACACACCUACGCAGUGACUCCAGAUACACAGCUUGUAAAAGGUCUCCUAGAGUGACUCCAGACAUAAGACGCUCACAACAGGUUUGAUUUAAAGCAGUUCUCUUCCUGUUUCCAGUCCAUACAACGGGUUCAGAACAAAAAGGAUGCAGAGAUAUGGGGGAAUGGGAGACAGACAGAAAGAGAAGAGGUCUAGCCUCGUCUGGGUUCUUUCAUUCAAUGUAUGACUUCCAGCAAGAUACCUAAAAAUAUUUAAAACCUGUUUCUCGGCUGCACAAUGGGCCUGUUAACACUCGCCUUGCAGGGUUGUUGUGAGGAUGCGAUGAAAUUAAAUGUGUGGAUGUUUGAAAACACAAAGUGCUAUUGGUAGGCAAGGAAGUUGUUUUUAUUGUGUCCUCUUGAGAUCUUCAGAACUACAGAUUUUCUUAUUCCAGCUUAUUUUUCAUUAACUAGCAUUUGUUGUUUCAAGUCUGGGACACGAAAUCCUAAGAUUUAAAUACAGAUCUGCUGAUGCACUGUAAAGCCCUGCCAGCCACUACCGAGCCUGGCUCUUGUCUAUGUCACAGAAGUCCUCCAGCACAUAGCUAGAACUCGCUUUCCACGCGGAUAAGCCACGGCCAGGCGAGAUCAUCACAUUCCUUCAUUUCUAAUUGAAGAUAAAUUACAACACUCCUUGGCUGCGGGCUUUGCAUUUUUUAUCAAUGAGACUCUGUUGUCUGGUUAGUUCUUCAAGAUCGAGCAAUGAUUGGAUGACGCAUCACAAAUAUUUAGCAACACUCAGGGUCAUCGUUGCUUUUAAUAGUAUUACCGGUUUUCUUUUUUUAACCCUGUAGAUAAGAGUCCAUUGGCUGGAUGGUACCACAAUAACCUGAAACCACCAGCGUCACUCCUCACCAUUCCGCUGCAUUUCCAAGUUCUCAGCCCUCGGAAUCUCUGGGUUGAUAGGUCAAAAGACUGUUUCCAAACAUUCGGGAGAGAUUGUUCCCUUAGGUUUUAGAAUUCUUCCUAAAAUAACAAACUGGGCUGUAAUGUGGUAAAGCACUUGCCUUAUAAUCUCCAGCACUGAAAAAAAAAAUCACCCCAAGUAAAAAAAUGUAUGUGUGCGUGUGUGUGCGUAUGUGUGUGUGUGUGUGUGUGUGUGUGUGUGUGUGUGUGUGUGUGUAAGUCACAGUCCAACCUGAGCCAUCAGCUCCAGCAACUACGUCUUUGUUUAUUGUUUGAGUUAGUACAGCAUGAACAUAAGCCUGUCUCUGUUAGAUGGUCAGUCUAUUUGACAAUGUCUCUUUGGUUAUUCAAAAACUAAAGCUUUUGGAUUAGAAUAAACAAGAGCCUACCCUUUUUCUAAACCUAUUUCUAAAACAUUCCAAAGCUUUCUGGUAUAAUUUCUGUUUCCAAAUACCAGCAUGUCCCUCCAAGUUAAACAUUUCCAUCUGACCCUUUUCCUAGGAGCAUCUCUGGAGUGACAUCAACCUACUCACCAGGGUGUUCUCCCUCUUUUUUUGUGGUGAAAUAGUAUCACGAUAUGAUAUGACAAUCUGGCUUUGCAAAAAAUAGUUUUCAUUGUAUAUGCACGUUAUGACAUUAUCGUCUCCUUUUAAAUGUGUAAAGAGACUGAGUAGUGAUCUGGGGGCCUAAGAAGAAAGAGGUGCUCGUUCUGCAGGAGGCAGGUACUGCAAUCACCCUCUGUGGUUUAGGUGAAGAAAAUCUACCUAAUGCUAAACCUUCCUGAGGUGGUGUACCCAGAGACAGCAUGCAUAUAGCCCCAAGCAACACUCUUCAUUAGAAAAGGCCAUCUUCCUACCUCAGAAGAAAAAAACUUCAGGCUAAACGGAGGAAAUGUUCUGGGACAGGAAGCUUCCCUAUCCUUGACCAAAGGGAAGAUCUGAAGUUUGUUCAAUGGAGUUUAUAGUCAAGUGGAAAUAUGUCACUUUAUCUUAUUUUGGAGGUUAUCUGAGGGAGGGCUGAAGGGGAUAUAGCACUAAUGUAUCUAUGUGGGUAUUAGAUAUAUGCUCGAUAGAGGUCCACUAAGGAGGGAAAAUGUGCUUUAUUAAAAUAGUGAUACAUAUCAGCAAAAGAUGACAAGCAUUUUGCAGUACAUAUUCAAUACCUAAUGGGUUAGUAUCAGGACAUGAAUUUUUAAAGUCUAUGUCUAGUUGGUCUUUUCUCUUAUAUCUUCUCUGAAACAUAACUGAGCGGAAGAUUGGCAAACUGUAUAUUUCACCUAAAUAAAUAAUUGUUAUCUUCAUCAAUGAAGGUUUAGCACCUUCAUGCCUAAGAAGGUUUAGUUGAGACCAAGAAAGGUGUGACGACCGAGAACGGCUGUGAUUUCAGGAGAGAAAUAAAUAAAUCAAGUGGUUUUGCUGGUCUCAGCUGAGCUUAUUACAGUUUCUAGAGUGGACAAGCCCUUCUGAUAAAAAAAAAAAUCACAGCUUUUAUCUGUCAUCACAUAAAUAAAGCAAUACAAUUAGCUUCAAGUUUUAUUCUUCUCAAGCCCUAAAACCUGGAGUUUUAAACUCAUUUCAACACUGGCAACUUAAACACUUGAAAUAAAUAUUGAAAUAAAUCAAUUUUAUUCUGCACUGGCAUUUCUAGGAAUAAAAACAAGUUGCAGACCUGUUUGAAAUAAUUACUUUACAACCCACUUUAACAAUGAGAUAUAGUCCAGAUUACUUGAGUGUGCUGGUCUAGAAAACCAAGGAUCUAUUGGCUAAUAGGUUGAGGAUGCAGCUAAGUAUUAGAAUGCUUGCCUUGCACGUCAAGGCUCUUGGGUUCAAUCCCGACCACCAGGAGAAAUUUCUCUACAAUCUGUGGCUGUGGACAGGCUUAUAUUGGAGGACAAAGCUGUUUCUGCUAUUUGAGCAUGGCAAGAGUAAGUUAAACUUUUUAAGUUCCUUUUCACUAAACUAUCAUCAGGAAAAUAAGUCAGUGCUGUUCUAAUCUAUAUUAAGGCACCCAACAUAAAUUGGAAGUAGCCAAGGUCAUGUGUGUAAUUUAGUCCUUAAAAUGUCAUUCAUUUUUUUUUCUGAAAAUAAUCAGAUUGUCUUUGGGGGCCCUGGAGAUCAAGAACACUCCCUUCAUAGUUUUUCCAGUUAGUGUUCUUGUCCCUGGGGGCUCAUAGGUUCCACCAUAUUAACUUCCAACC